CGCAACGCAAACAGUUGAGCAGCAAACGAAGUACCCCGCCAAUGUCGAACCAUCAAGGAGGGCACGGUUACGGAUCCUAUGGGCAAGGUGGUCAACGAGGUUACGGUCAGAGUUAUGCCCCUCAAGGCCAUCAGCAGUCCCGCGGUUACCGCCAAGAUCCCCGUAGCUCCUAUCCCGAUAAACGCUCUAACAGCUACGAAUCCGAUCGCCGACGAAACGAUUCAUAUGACGCCCGAGACCACCGACGCUCCGACGACCGUGACCGGCACUUCAGUUACCGAGACCGCGAUGAACCCCGCCGCAACAACCGCGACAGAGAUGAGGGACCCGGCCUACCAAAUAUUCAAGUGAUCUUCCAAGGACUGGAACCACAUACCGUCGAAUCGGACCUUCAACGCGUACUCGAAGAACAGGGAGCUUCCGUCGAAUCCGUCGUCUUAAUCCGAGACAAAGAAACCAAGGAAUCGAGAUGUUUUGCCUUUGCAAAAUUCGUGAGUGUGGAGCACGCAAGGCAAUAUGUCGAGCAACACUACCCGUAUAUGGCGAUGGGACCGAAUCAGCACCGGGUGAAGAUUGCGUAUUCGAGGGAGACGAGGGGUGGGGAGGAGGGGUGGACUUGUAAGAGUUGCGAAACCCUCAAUUACUCCCGGCGAGAAGCCUGCUUCAAGUGUAACCUCGCAAAGACAGACUCCGAGGGUACCCUCACCCGCUCCCUCCCCCCGUCUAUCCCCAUCAACGACGGCACCCGCGACUCCGCCACCUCCCCCUCACAAUUCCUUCUCCUCCGUAACCUGGACCCACUAACAACCGAACCCCUCAUCGCCCGCGCCAUAACGAAACUCCACACCUCCGCGACGCGGAUUCUCCUCGUGAAAGAUCGCGCGACGAGGGUGUCGUGGGGUUUCGCGUUCGUCGAAUGUAGGGAUGUCGAUGAAGCGAAGAAGGCGAUGGGUGAGUGGAAGAAGCAGGAUGGGGUUGAGUGUAAGGAGUUUACGAUUAGGAGUCGGCCGGUUACGGUGUCGUUUAUUCAUCCUGGGGUAUUUGUGCCAGUGUAUAGUGAUGGAGGAGAGUAUUCUUUUCCGGGACCGAAUGGGAUCAGGUUGGCGUAUUGGGAUCAGGGGGCCUUUUGUUCGGAGUAUGUGGUGCCGGUGGAGGGCGAGGCCGCGAUUGCCAACGAGAAUGCGGAGGAUGAUGCGAUGAAGGCGUUUUAUGCGGAGGUUGGGAUGUCGACGUUCACCUCCGGACCAGCAGCCCCAGAAGCCGGCGCUAUGGUGAACGACCCCUAUUCAUCAACUCCGAUGACUGUCGCCCCAUCCGCUGCAACAGAGCAAUCUUCCUCUACCGCGGACGACAAGGCGAAGAAAGCGCAGGGUACCAAAAAGCGAAAAGCGGAGGUUGUCCCUACCACUUCCCGCAAAAUGGCUCCCCACCUCCAAAAAUGGGCCGAGAAGCAACAGGAACUUCGUGCCGCCGAAGCCGUGAAACUCGGAACCUCAACCCCAACAACCACAACCACAGCUGCAGAUCCUGACGAAAUCGAAGACUGGGCCGAUCUGGGGUUAAUGGCAUGUAUUCUGUGUGCACGCCAAUUCAAAACUGAAGACGAGAUAAGGAAACACGAGAGAUUAUCGGAACUGCACAAGAAUAAUCUGGCCGACGCGACCGUCAAAGCCAAAGCCGCUGCCAAGCUGCGAAAACUCCGAGCGAAACCCGCUGCAGAACAACUAUUCGCAAAACCGGCAGACGAAAGCGAAGCCGGAGCUGGAGGUGGGUAUCGCGAUCGCGCAUGGGAGCGCCGCCAACAAUUCAACCAACCCUCUCGCCCUCCUCCACCCCCCCAACCCUCAUCCACCCGGCCCCCUCCCCGCAGCCCAUCACCACCACAACCCCCUCCACCCCCGUCAAAAGGCGCCUCCCUCCUCGCCAAAAUGGGCUGGACCUCCGGUCAAGGCCUCGGUUCCCAAAACCAAGGCCGUGUCGAAGCGAUAAAAGGGCAGGGCUAUGUUCCCGGUGUGGGAUUGGGUAUGGCUGGUGGUAAGAAAGAAGAGGUGGGAGAUGCGCACAGCAGACCGGGGGAGGAAGGGACGUAUAAGGCGUAUUUGGAGAAGGGGAAGGAGAGGGCUAGGGCGAGGUUGAUGGAUCAGCAGGAUUAGCUAUAGGUUUGGGUAGUGUUUCCUGAUGGGGAGUAAUGGAUGGUUAUUUUGACUAAUGUAGUCCGGGUAUCUUCCGCUUGUG